AUGAUUGACACCUGUCUUUGUGAGAUGAUUGACACCUGUCUUUGUGAGAUGAUUGACACCUGUCUUUGUGAGAUGAUUGACACCUGUCUUUGUGAGAUGAUUGACACCUGUCUUUGUGAGAUGAUUGACACCUGUCUUUGUGAGAUGAUUGACACCUGUCUUUGUGAGAUGAAUGACACCUGUCUUUGUGAGAUGAAUGACACCUGUCUUUGUGAGAUGAAUGACACCUGUCUUUGUGAGAUGAAUGACACCUGUCUUUGUGAGAUGAAUGACGCCUGUCUUUGUGAGUUGAAUGACGCAUGUCUUUGUGAGAUGAAUGACACCUGUCUUUGCGAGAUGAUUGACACCUGUCUUUGUGAGAUGAAUGACACCUGUCUUUGUGAGAUGAAUGACACCUGUCUUUGUGAGAUAAAUGACACAUGUCUUUGUGAGAUGAAUGACACAUGUCUUUGUGAGAUGAAUGACACCUGUCUUUGUGAGAUAAAUGACGCAUGUCUUUGUGAGAUGAAUGACACCGGUCUUUGUGAGAUGAAUGACACCUGUCUUUGUGAGAUGAAUGACACCUGUCUUUGUGAGAUGAAUGACACCUGUCUUUGA